AUGAGUAAAGCCGAUGUAGUAAAUGAAAUUCAUAGAAAUGCUAGGGUGAAUUUCCCACGUAGAAAUGUUAUUACGAAAGAUAUAGAUGAUUUAUGGCAAGCAGACUUAAUUGAUAUGCAAUCAGUUACUAAGGAAAACAAAAACUUCAGAUUUAUUCUUACCGUUAUUGAUACAUUUUCGAAAUACGCUUGGGCUUUUCCAAUUAAGACUAAAAGUAAAGAGGACGUAUGCUAUAAUUUUAUGAAGCUUCUAAAACACGUGUACCCAAAAAUCUGCAAAGUGACAAUGGAACAGAAUUUUAUAACGAUAAGUUAA